AGUAAAUUCUUUACCAUUGUUUAUUAUGGACAAAAUCGCAGCAAAAAUCGCCGCAAAAAUCGCUAGUGUAACGGGGCUUUAGUCUUCCAAGUGUCCAGUAUUGUCAGUCGUAUUCUGUGCGGGGGACGGGAACUUUCACAAAAUUGAAAUCCAUGCAUUGGGCUCAAGACAGCACUUGGCAUUUCUAAACGACAAAAGAAUGGUUUGAGAUUUGAAAAAAAGUGCUCUUAUUUUUCCAAGGAAAAAUUCAGAGUGGUGGCCGGCCAUCUAGACACCACUUCCGGAUUCUUCGGAAUCUCGUCCGUCGGAAAUCAUCGGAAAAUGCAUAAAUUACCAACCUCGGGGAAAAGGAUUGCUUAUUUAAGGUCUAUAGCGUCUUUGGUAGAAGCGUGUGGACAUGGAAAAGGACCUAGUGUUUUACUUUUCUUUUGCAAGUAAUACAAGCAAACGAAAAAUUCUGGCCAGGGUGGGAAACUUCGAAUCACGUGAAGGUGCUACCCUAAGAAACUACUGCUUGAAGUUUAACUGUCUCUGGAAGAACGAUGGUUAUGGCUACGCGAAUAUUGAACCUCGGGAAAACUCCGAAGUCUAUGGAGCUCUCUACACCAUAAAGCAAGCCGCCAUGGACAGCAAUGACCAAGAACACGUGAAAAGUGGAGGCCAUUAUAGACGAAUUACUGUCCCAGUGGUAAGAAGCAAUGGUGAGGUGGUUGAAGCCUUUGCUUAUCGUGCUAAUGAUGAGUUUAUCAAAGAAGGUUUGAAGCCGAGUCGAGAGUAUUUAGAAACGAUUCUCGAAGGAUCUGAUAUCCUACCAGACAGUCAUGUACAGAAUUUGAGGGAAAUCCUUAAAACUUGUUAAAGUUUAUGCCUAUCAACCCGUUAUUAAGCAGUUAAUUUGGGAUAUUCUACGUUAAUCUUAUAAUUAAAAAGGGACUUUUCUUUUAAAUUAAUUCAACAAUGAAUUUGAAUAGGUCAUUGAUGCGUUGUCGUCUAUUGUUUAGUCACACACUACCGUUUUAGAUUUGACUGCGUGACUAAUUGAAAAUGGAUUUAUAGAAUAAGUUGGUUAAAGUUGUUCAGUAUGUAGUAGUCAUUAAUCCGAGGUUGAGAAAUGAACUUGAUGGAAAUGGCUUUGCAGUGCAUUAUGGGAAAGCAAGAUGGAAUGCCGGCUAAUAACAAUCCAAGGAAAAUCUAAAAAAAAUUUAGCAAAGGAAACCAUUGUGACCAACCUCUAUUGCAUUAACAAAUAAAUAAAUAAUACACGACUCCA